AUGCCCUCCAUCACCGACCCUGCCACGGCCACGACGGCCACGACGGCCACCACGCCGGCCACCACCGCUGCUCCAUCACAAACACCCUCCACUCGCCAUCGUGACUCUGCCCCGCUAGGCGUCGGCCUUGUCGCCCUGUUAUUUGCUUUCCGCAUCGUGAAUGCAUUGGCCCUGCGCACCUUCUUCCAGCCUGACGAGUUCUUCCAGUCGCUCGAGCCCGCAUGGCAGCUGGCCUUUGGCACCACCAGCAAUGCCUGGAUCACCUGGGACUUGACUACUCAGUUGCGCUCGUCCCUGCAUCCAACGCUAUUUGCAGCCCUCUACCGAGUCGCGGCAGAUCUAGCACAUGUCUGUGGCUUGAGUUGGCCAGCUAAAGCAACAGUCCUACUGGCAACUCCCAAGCUCACCCAAGCCAUCCUCGCAGCACUACUCGACUGCUAUACAUGGAAGCUUGCGGAAAAAGUCUACGGCCCUGGCAGUCGUACCGCUCUCACUACAUUGGCCUUGUCCGUGUGCAGCCCGUGGCAGUGGUUCUGCUCUACAAGAACCUUGUCCAACUGCGCGGAGACGACCAUCACCGCCAUUGCCAUGUACUAUUGGCCAUGGCACUGGCAUGCUCUUGCAAGAGAGGAAAAUCUUGGAGCCAAGGGUAAAAAGCAAGCUGGUAGCCACAUAGGCCUCGGCUCUAUAUCAGAGCUUCGUUUGUCAUUGCUGCUGGCAGCACUUGCCUGUAUCCUCCGGCCAACCAAUGGCCUCAUCUGGCUUUGCGUAUGCGUUCCCACCCUCUGGCAAGCCUCGAAAUGGCUGCGGUAUGUGUUGGUCCGCGAAAUUCUGUCCUGCGGUCAUGGACGACAUAUGGCUUGGGUCAAGAGUCGGUGCAGCUUUGCACUACCCCAUGUUCGCGGUCACGAGAGGAUGAGUCUGACCGACGAUGCUAGAUCUGCUGUCGUCGCAUGCUCGGUUGCAUCCGACAGACUUUACUAUGGAGCCUGGACCCUGCCGCCGCUUCGCUUCUUGUACUUCAACAUUGCUCAGUCAUUGGCUGUCUUUUAUGGCAAGAACAGAGCAGACUAUUAUUUCACCGAAGGCCUGCCCUUGCUUCUGACCACGGCGCUACCCUUUGCCGUCGCGGAACUCUGGCAGUCUUUGCGAGGCUCAAGGAACCAGAGUCUGGCCUCGUCCGCAAGUGUCCAGGCCAACAGAAGCCCUUCUGAUGAAGACGUGAUACAACAUCACAUCGUCACACGUCUAGCCUAUACCUCCAUCUUCAUGACCUUGGUGCUGAGUCUGAUAUCCCACAAGGAAGUACGCUUCCUCUACCCCAUUCUCCCCUUCCUCCACAUCAUCGCCGCCGCACCGCUCUCCUCCUUUCUCAGCCCGCCUAUCUCCCUUCCCCGCAAAGCCAUAGUCAUCGCCCUCCUCAGCGUGAACGUCCUACUCGCCGGUUAUGUAUCACAAAUCCACCAACGCGGCGUCAUCGACGUCCUCACCUACCUCCGCCACAAGCACGAGACACACAACCACCUGUCCGCCGUCUCCGGCAGCAGCACAACCCACCCCAUCACCAACACAACCGUAGCCUUCCUGAUGCCCUGCCACUCCACCCCUUGGCGCUCCCACCUCAUCUACCCCUCCAUCUCCGCCUGGGCUCUCACCUGCGAACCCCCACUGCACAUUCCCCUUCCCGACCGCCCCUCGUACCUCGACGAAGCAGACGCCUUCUACAUCCACCCAGGCCCCGUCUCCUGGCUCCGCACCAACAUGCAAGACCCAGCUUCGAUUCAGCGCGACGGCGGCGCCGGCGGCCCCUCUGGCCGCCACUGGGCCCGCCACGAUGCCAAGUUGAAGGACCCGUCGAGGCGCGAGUGGCCCGAGCAUCUCGUCUUUUUCGAGGCCCUCGAGGAGAUGUUGGAGGGGUUUUUGCAGGGCAGUCGGUAUCGUGAGUGUUGGCGGGGGUGGAAUAGUCAUUGGCAUGAUGAUGGGAGGAGGGUGGGGGAUGUUGUGGUUUGGUGUUUGGAGGGGGUGUGA